UUUUCAGCACCAACGCUCGAGUGGAGGCCACGUGUUUGCAGACGGACCGGGACCAGAACCAGAACCAGGAGAUGGACCAGAACCAGAACCAGAACUCCUCAUCCAGCAGGACUAAAGCUGCUGGUCUGCAGAAUCCUAAAGGAAGACCCAAAAGAUACAGCUGUGAUCAUUGUGAGCAAGUCUUCACCACUUCAUCAAACCUGAAGAUCCAUAAGAAAACUCACACUGGUGAUGAACUGUACAGCUGUGGUCACUGCGGGGUGGCUUUUACCCGACAAUUUGAUCUAAUAAACCACCAACGUAUUCACACUGGAGGAGACAAGCCUUACAGGUGUGAUCAGUGUGGAGCGGCUUUUGCCCAGCAAGGUUCUCUAACGACUCACCAACGCAUUCACACUGGAGAAAAGCCUUACAGGUGUGAUCAGUGUGGAGUGGCUUUUGCCCAACAAGGUUCUCUAACGAGACAUCAACGUAUUCACACAGGAGAAAAGCCUUACAGAUGUGAUCAGUGUGGAGUGGCUUUUGCCCAUCAAGGUGCUUUAAGGAGUCACCAACGUAUUCACACUGGAGAAAAGCCUUACAGAUGUGAUCAGUGUGGAGCGGCUUUUGCCCGGGAAAGUCAUCUAACGACUCACCAACGCAUUCACACUGGAUUCAAGCCUUACAGAUGUGGUCAGUGUGGAGCGGCUUUUGCCGAGCAAGGUGUGCUAACGAGACAUCAACGUAUUCACACUGGAGAAAAGCCUUACAGGUGUGAUCAGUGUGGAGCGGCUUUUGCCCGACAUGGUUCGCUAACGAGACACCAACGUAUUCACACUGGAGAGAAGCCUUACAGAUGUGGUCAGUGUGGAGCGGCUUUUGCCGAGCAAGGUGAUCUAACGAGACAUCAACGUAUUCACACUGGAUUCAAGCCUUACAGGUGUGAUCAGUGUGGAGCGGCUUUUACCAAUCCAAGUCACCUAGCGGCUCACCAACGCAUUCACACUAGAGACACUAGUGUGAUCAGUGUGGAGUACGUUUUGCCACAUCAAGUCAUCUAAGGAGUCACCAACGUAUUCACACUGGAUAAAAAAUUUACAUUUGUGAUCAUUGCUGAUUUAUUUUAACAUUGGUUAAAUUCUAAUGCAACAGCAGGUCAAUACCAGUGCAGUACACUUGUAAUGUCAGUGCAAUACCGGUUCAGUUCCAAUGCAGUAACUUUUCUGUACUUGUCAGGGUUUGACAUUUCAUGUUGACAUUUCCUGUUUUAUUUUGAAGCCCAUGUCCUUGUGUUUAAGUUCUUGUCUGACCUUCCUGUUUCCAUCUGCCCUGAUCGUCUGCACCUGUGUCUCGUUAACCUUUGUGUAUAUCUGGUCUUGUCUUUCCCCUGCUCCUUGCUGGUCCGGACUGUUUUGCCCUUCAUGUUUUUCCCAUCAGGUUUUGUCAUAGUUUUGGAUUCUUGUUCACAGUUUGGUUUUUGUAUCCUGCUUAACAGUGUUUUUGGUUCUGUUUUUAAGUUAAUAAACCACAGUUUUUGGGAACUCCUGCCUCCUGCUCUCCUGCAUCUGGGUCCUCACUACAACCUCCUGACAGUACCAGUGCAACCCCAGUUUUACACCAGUGCAAUACCAACUCAAUUCACUUUUAUUUGUUGACAGGGACUGUACAUAUUAA